AUGCUCAUCGAUCCGGACAGUCACCUGCGCGCACCGCAAAGCGCGGCUCCCUUGCGACUCGAAAGCGACUUUGAUGACGAUAAUGGAUUUGUAAAGGAUCCCGUCGCAUUCUUCUUGUCAGACUUUGAUCCAGACUUUUGGUCCGAGGAGGAGAAAAUCACGUUCGAGAAGCGCUACCUUCUUUUCCCCAAGCAAUUUGGAAAGAUCGCUGCGGCGCUGCCGGACAAGACACCCUCUCAGUGUGUGCGCUACUACUACCUCACAAAGAAG